UAGCACUCAAGGUCAGAGUCAGCAAAUCCUCCUCUAAAAAUAGACUCUAGUUGCAAAGUUGGUAAGAUUUCUUUUGUCGUUCUGCUGCACUUCACAGGACCCAGCUACCUAGAGCACCCACCUAAGCUUACAGUUGCUGGCACAUCCUGAGCAUACUACUCCAUGGACAGGAUGGCAUCAUCAUCAUCUGCUGCAAAGAAAAAUGCAUACACAGCAAUCAAAGUAGAUCCUGAUGAGGAUUACUGUACCCCAGGUGCAUUUGAACUGGAGAGACUCUUCUGGAAAGGAUGCCCAAAGUACACUCAUGUAAAUGAAGUCUGGCCCAACCUCUACAUAGGAGAUGAGAAAACUGCAUUAGAUCGCUACAGCCUUGAAAAGGCAGGUUUCACUCACAUCCUCAACGCAGCCCAUGGUCAGCGGAACGUGGACACAGGACCAGAAUAUUAUCAUGACAUGACUGUGGAGUACCAUGGAGUGGAAGCAGAUGACCUCCCCACUUUUGAGCUCAGCCAGUUCUUUUAUUCAGCUUCUAAAUUCAUUGAUAAUGCGCUUCAGGAUGAAAGAAACAAGGUUCUGGUUCACUGUGCUAUGGGUCGCAGCCGCUCAGCCACACUGGUCUUGGCUUACCUGAUGAUUUACAAGAACAUGACAGUAGUGGAUGCCAUUGAGCAGGUAUCAAGACACCGAUGCAUCUUGCCAAACCGGGGCUUCCUGAAGCAGCUGAGAGAAUUGGACAUAGCGUUGGCACUGCAGAGGAGGAACACCAAAAAUAGCCUACCAUCUGAUGACGACGGGAAGAGCACCACAAUCUAGUAUUGUUCCUGGCAGGGUUGUGCUACUGGAAAAGAAAUUCCAUAAAAGGAGGAGAGAAGGUGUAGUUAAUUACACAGUCACAACAAUCAUUUGUUAUUUGGAAGGAAAAACAAAGUCAUUUCAAAUGCUGUCAAGAUGAGAAAGAAGGAGAGCCAAAUUUAAAACCCAUCUUCUUAGAAUGCUCCAGCCUUAGCAGAAUUUGUUACAUCAACAGAUAAAUUUUACCGGGUACAAAAGCUCUUACAGCACAAAAGCAGGCACAACUUAAAGAAAACCCUCUUCUAGCCAGUUACUCCCCAAAUCCUGAUCCUAAUACAAGCACAUGGUCUUUACGACGGUGAGGCGAGGCUUUCCUGAAGAGAUUUUGCAGGAAGAACACCAAGAUGGUAGCAGUACAGAUGAAUUUUUAAGUUUAGUGCCAGGGUCUAAAGGAUUUUGCAGGAAUCUGCCUUUUGUACUGUUUCCUGGCAUCUCCAUUUCUUCUUUGCCAGUAACGAUGUAGGGCAGCAGAGCAUUCAGAGCCUCCGGAUGAGGAUCAGCUACCCAGUCUUCACAGUGGUCUCUGCAGCAGACCAUGCAAACUAGAAACAGAGCAAUAUCCUUGAGAAGGUCAGAUGCAUAAGCAGAUAACAAACAAUGCAAACAGAUACAUACACAUGACAUCUUAGGAGUUCCAGUUUUAACUUGCUUUACCUAAAUGCUUCAGCUGCCUGAGUUUUAAAGGGUCCGAUACAUAGAGUAUCCAAGUCAACUUACUAGUCUAGAAAAAACGCCUGAGAAAACUGUUGUGACUCGUUUUCCUGCAUUUGGAACUAACAGCUAGAACAAUAAACAAGAAAAAUAGGAUGUCUUUUACAUUGCUAAGAGAAGUUCAAUACUGAACUUGUGCAGCCCCAAUAGCACAAUAGUUACUUAUAAUCAUGGAUUAUAAGUAGUUUUAAUGAGAUUUAGGUUUUGAUCAAAAAGGCAAAAGACACAGGUGAAGCCUUUAACAAAAAACCUGAGUAACCAGGAGAAAGCUGCUGCUGUGC